UUGUCGGCACUGUCGAAUUAUUAGGAAAUGUCGGUACUAAUCAAAUUAUUAGAACUGAAAAAAUAUUCAAUAACCAUAUUCAAUGGCAAAUAGUUGAGAAAUCAUUAUUUGGUUUAUCAUGUAGGAAAAUUGCAAAACAACUUGGUGUUAGCAAAUCUUACGUAUCUCAUAUUAUGCAAUAUAUUCAAACGUUUAGUUAU